AUGGCAUUCCAUUCGAAGCUCUAUCGAAUAAGGGAUCAUCCGGAAAGAAAGACUAUUCAAUUCGGACCUUCUCAACUUUUCCACUCUUUUGCAAAACUCUGGUGCCGUCAUUUUUGUUUCAAUUGUAUACGAAAUCUGCAAAAGCUCAUUAAUCGAGUGGAAAUAAAGUCUACGUUGGGGCUUAAAUGCAUCGUCGAUGAAUGGAGAUGUUGGUGCUAUGAGAAAUGUAAAAAGUGUCCUGCUGGGAUGAGUCAAUUCUUGGCAUUGACGUCCGCCUCUUCAUUUGUCUUCAUCGAGACAAUGCGGAAUCUGGAAACACCAAAUGAAAUUUCUGAUGAGAUUUUGUUAAUUUCGUCCUUCCCCGUCUACCGGAACCUCUUGCACUUGAGUACCGAAACAGGCAACGACGAU